AUGAUGCUGCCAUCGAAGGAGGGGGUGGGGAACAUGAGCGGGCAGCGUCUGAGCAUGGGCAAUAGGACACACGCCUUUGUUAGCCAGUCUUACCGCUGUGUGGGGCCCUACAACACCAAGGACACUAAGAACAGGCCCUUUAAAGUGGCCUUGGAUGAGAGGCUGGACGUGCUCAUCAAAGACCCGGCAGGCUGGUGGCUGGUGGAGAACGAGGAUAAACAGUUGGCCUGGUUCCCUGCUCCCUACCUGGAGAUGUGUGAGGCAGAGGAGGAUGAAGAUGAAAUGAAUGGAAUUCCCUUGGGGGGAACUCUCUACUGUGCUGUGAGGAGUUACUCCACUAACAAUAAUGACGAGGUGCCUGUUCCUAUUGGCUCUGUGGUAGAGGUGCUGAGGAAAUCAGAUGACGGAUGGUGGUUCAUCGGGUAUGUCAACAUGUAA